AUGAUUCUUCUUGACCGGGGCUGUCAAGCUGACGCACAGGAUGCGCUUGGUCGAACGCCUAUGCAUUUUGCGGUCUGCAGCAAGGAGCCGAAACUCUGCCGCUUGCUUCUGUCCUGCCCGUGCUUAGUCACAAGGUGCGAUGCUCGAGGCAGGUCCGCGCUGGCCUAUGCGGUUCUCAAUACGAUGCCUUCUGUGAGGGACGAGAAUGUUCAGCUGCUACUUGAAUAUUUGGCGGAGCCCAAUGCGCAGGAUUUCUUUGGCCUCUCCCCACUGCAUUAUGCAGCGGAGGCAGGCGCUCAAGGUGCUGUGGCCUUGCUCCUCCAAGAGGCAGCAGACCCUUCACUGCAAGAGCCAAGCAGCGGCCGGACGCCCCUGGAUAUGGCCAAUGGAGAAGCUACCAGGAAACUGCUGAAAGAAAGCGCCCGGGGACGACUGGGUGUAGCAAGCUUUGGCAAUGCUUGUGGCUACGACGAGGACUUCAGCAUGCUUGGAGCAUUGUCCGACGCGAAUUUUAAGGAGAUGCAGUGCAAAUUCAUUCAGAUGAUGAAGCUCGUUCAGGAGAGCGGCCUGCGACAGGGUCAACAUCUUCGCAGGCCCUCCCUUUUCGAUGGCUCUUGGAUGGCUGAGAUUCAUUCACACCAGAAGCUGCUUGGCAAAGAGCUCGCUGCUGUUUCAGGACCUCACACUUGCAUCCGGGUCUUCAACCUGCUACACCCGCCCUCGCACUUUCCACAGGUGAGCCUGGAUGACAAGGACAUUUCAUCCUAUUAUGAUGCUCUUUGGGAUGAGCGAGAUUUAGGAAGUGAGGAGAAGCAGGAGGAUUUGCGAGCAAAGCAACAGAAGCAAGCUGAAGAGCUGCUGGAGCAGAAGGAGGCUUUGCGUUUGACCAAGAUGGAAAUACAGGAGGGGCGAACUCGAGAGCGGCACCUCAAUGCCGAGCUGCAGGCUGCGCUGCAGGAUGCUUCCCAAGGAGCGGAGAAAGAAGCCCGAGGAGAAGGUUGGCCGCAUAGUCUUGGCCACCGUGUUCUCCGUGCCGGUCGGCAGCUGGCCCAAAAGGGAGAGGAGCUUCGAUCAGCAGAGGCUGCAGCUCAGAAGCUUCAGCGGAAGGCAAGCCUCCUCCAAGAAGAACUGCAGGAAGCAAGGACUCAGUCCAGCGAACUGCAGGCUGAGCAACUGGAAGCGCAGAAGAAGUUAGAAAAGGAACAGCUGCGUCGUGGCGAAGAGAAAUCCUGGAAGUUGAUCGCAGAGGAGGACCGACACCAAUCUGAAGUUGUGCGAGAGUUGCUUGAGGAGCGGCUAGAAGAAUCGGAGGUUGCAAUAUCCCAUGCAAGAAGGAGUGCGCAGCUCACGAAAGAGGAAUGUGAAGAGCGCUUGGGGCAGGCCGAGCUGUCUCAUCAACUUCGGCAGGAGCUUGGAGCAGCCCGUGCAGAGGCUGCCUGCUGGGAAAGUUCACUGGAGCUGGCGAAAGCAGAAGCACAAGAAGCACGGGAGGCAGCAGCGGUAGCUCAUCAUACAGAGAUGCAGUCGGCAACAGCAUAUCGGGAAAAGGAACUGCACCUAUGGCGUGAGGUCAAUGAAGGUCGGGAUGCCUGUUAUCUCUUGCAGGAGGAGAGGUAG